CAUCAGUUAAUCGGAACUGAUCUACUAAUCUGGGCUUUGGUUCUCCUGAAAAUACUGUCGUACUUUAUCUUCUCCAGUGUUCGUUUCUUCCUUUUUCUCCGGCCUCCCCAAUACUCGCUUUCUUGCAUAUAAAGGUUAGAUUAGAUUAGAGGGGAUUGGCUCGCGUUGCGCUAAACACAUUCAAGCACGCACCUUCUUGUACUAAAUUUUCUGAUUUUUUACUACCUUGGAUAACAAAAUAAGAAAUCCAUCCAUCUACACGCAUCUGAAUUUUGCUUCAAACAGUUAACUAACCGACGGCGCAAUUUGUUUUCCUCGAUAAAGGAGCGUUAGAAUAGGAAUUUACAGGAAUAAUUAUGUCGGGAGUUUGGAGAUGGAGAAAAUUAAGAGAGGUAGCAUUGGAGGCAUCGAAGAAAGGUAAAGGUUGGUGGAGGUGGAACCACGCUCACCUCCAAAACCGGGGCUUGGUGAAUUGCUUGCACGUGGGGUGUUAUGUGAAGCGGAGGGAGUCUUUGAUUGGAGUGCAGGAGAGAUACAAGUGGGACCACGGUGGCAGCGGCAAUGAGCAGCACCACACUACUCUGAGAAUUAGGGCGGAGGCCAAUUGCCCUCGUUGCUCCAAGCAAAUGGAUCUCCUCUUCACCAACCGCCCGCACCACCUCAUUCCUCCCUCCUCCCCCAAUCCCAAUUUCGAUGUACUCGAUGGCGAUACGCCUGUUCUUCCCACUGUUCCCAAUAAUAACAUCAUCAGUCAUAAUAGCAAUAACAAGAGCAAUAACUCUUCUACUAACACUAUCCAUGAGAGCAAUAGUAACUUCAUCAAAGAUGGAGGUGGUGGUGAUGGUGGUAGUGGAGGAGGAGUAGGGAACGCUUUCCAGGCAGUAAAUCUUUGCCCCAAUUGUAAGACGGCCUAUUACUUCAGGCCCUUCAAGAUGUCCCCUCUGCAGGGAAGUUUCAUUGAGAUUGGCAGGGUGAAAAGCAGGAAUUCUGGUUCUGAGAAGAAAUCAACUGAUCCGCAAGACUAUGGGAAGAGGCUUCGGCCCUCCUUCUGGGAGACCUUGAGGUCAUAUGGCGGUGAGCCACCAGAGAACUGGCCUCCACAUCCGCCUCCAUCAGGAAAUGGGAUUGCGGUGCAUACCCCACCUGGUCCACCUUUUGCCCCAGGCGUCAAUGUUAUUAGAGCAUCAGGUGGCAAUGGCACUCGUAGUGGUGUUAACAAUGGAGAGAAGAGCACCUGGGGUGGGUCUAAUCUUGGUAAAAAUUUACCCACUCCAAAGGAGAUCUGCAAAGGACUUGACAAAUUUGUUAUUGGCCAGGAACGUGCAAAAAAGGUGCUCUCAGUGGCCGUGUACAACCACUACAAAAGGAUUUAUCAUGCCUCCUUGCAUAAAGGGUCGGAAGUUGAACCAUCCACAUUAGAUGACGACGACAAUGUAGACUUGGAAAAGAGCAAUGUGCUUUUGAUGGGUCCAACUGGCUCAGGGAAAACGCUACUUGCAAAAACUCUUGCUCGUUUUGUCAAUGUACCUUUUGUGAUUGCUGAUGCAACUACUUUGACACAGGCUGGUUACGUCGGUGAAGAUGUUGAAUCAAUAUUGUACAAAUUACUCACCGUUGCUGAAUUUAAUGUGCAAGCUGCACAACAAGGGAUGGUGUACAUAGAUGAAGUUGAUAAGAUAACGAAGAAGGCUGAGAGCUUGAAUAUCAGCAGAGAUGUCUCUGGUGAGGGAUCAAUGCUGGAAGGGACUAUAGUAAAUGUUCCCGAAAAAGGGGCUAGGAAGCACCCUCGGGGCGAUAAUAUUCAGAUAGAUACUAAAGACAUCCUUUUUAUAUGUGGAGGAGCAUUUGUUGAUUUAGAGAAAACUAUUUCUGAGAGACGGCAGGAUUCAUCAAUUGGGUUUGGAGCUCCUGUACGCGCUAACAUGAGAGCAGGUGGAGUGAUUGAUGCUGCCGUAACAUCAUCUCUGCUUGAAUCUGUUGAAAGUAGUGAUCUUAUAGCUUAUGGUCUCAUACCAGAAUUUAUUGGCCGCUUCCCUAUUCUGGUUAGUUUGUCAGCCCUUACAGAAGACCAACUUGUUCAGGUCCUGAUGGAACCAAAAAAUGCUCUUGGUAAGCAGUACAAGAAGUUAUUUAAGAUGAAUAACGUAAAAUUACAUUUCACUGAAAAAGCCUUACGACUGAUUUCCAAUAAAGCAAUGACCAAAAAUACUGGUGCUAGAGGAUUAAGAGCCAUACUGGAAAAUCUUCUAACAGAUGCUAUGUAUGAGAUUCCAGAUGCGAAGACUGGAAAAGAUAGAGUAGAUGCUGUGGUCAUUGACGAUGAAUCAGUGGGUAAAAUAAAUGAACCUGGAUGUGGCGGGAAAAUACUUCGUGGAGAUGGUGCUUUGGAGAGAUACCUUGCAGAGGCCAACUUCAAAGAUCAGGCGGAAGAAAAUGGUGCAGCUGAAGCAGAGCUGCAGGAAGGUGAAUUGGAGGUCACAUCAAGAGCAAUGAGCAUGUAGCAUUUAUUACAAGUAGUUCCAACUUUGUAAAAUAGUUUUUUCUGCCUAUCUCAUUGUAUUGUAAAACUUAUUCAUUUAUAGUUUGUAGCCGUCACCUUCUCUGCAUACAUAGAAGAUAGUUGAGUUGUAACAAAAAAAGAAAAAUUUGAGUGGACGAUAAGAGGUAUAGGAUUCAAGAAAGGUACAAUUUUCACAAUUAGUGCCUAAUCCGGGCAAUUACAACACCAAAA